AUGUCUACGAAAAGGGCUGAAGUCAUCCUUGGGAGCGACAACCACUUCCACUGGGAGUUUGUCAUGCGAAUGACGCUGGCGAGAAAGGGACUGCUAGCACACAUCCAGAUGGUCAAGCCCGAAGCUGAGAUGACUGAAGCGUGGGUGAUAAACGACAUGAAGGCACUGAAAUUGAUUGCUCAAGGCAUUGCGGGGGAGCAUCACACCAAGAUUCUGUCGGCAACGACGGCUAUCCAGGCAUAA